ACCACAGGUAGCUGCUGAGUUGCUUCCCGCUGCUGCGCUCUCCGUCUCCGCCUCCUGCUUCCGACGGAUCUGCCCAUGGAGGCGGUGGAAGACCCCACCCUGGAGCCUGCGAUUGGCUGGCUUGCCGACACCAUCCUUGCAAAUCUCCGUGCGGGCGGCAAGCUGGAUUCCUGGAUUCGCCAAGCUGGCCUGGGCAACGACAUCGGGAAGCUCAAGUCCGAGGUCGAGGCGGUGGAGAUGGUGGUCUCUGCUGUGCAGGGGAGGGCGGCCGGGAACAAGCCGCUGGCCCGAUCUCUCGCGGCGGUCAAGGAGCUGCUCUACGACGCCGACGAUGUGGUCGACGAGUUGGAUGGCUACAGGCUCCAGCGGGAGCUCCAACCAGAGACACUGCUCCAAAUGGAUGGACAUGGUGGAGCGCAGCAACUUGAGAUUUCUAGAGACAAUGCUGAUCAUGUGCAGAGUAGCGGUAACAACAGGUUGCGGUCCGAGCUAUGGAAUCAAUUUGAAAUCACAGCGUUUCUUGAACAAAACGGAGGGCCUUCGCCUUCCAGAGCAAGAUGCAAGCGCUGUCAAACAGAGCUUAUGUGCGAAACCAAGAAAGGGACAUCAGUUUUGCGCAAUCAUCUCAAGAGCAAAGCUUGUAGCAACAAACAUGGAGGAACUGACCCUUCUUCAAUCACUGCUGAUGCUAGGAUUCCUACACAUGUUGCAGCUGGUAAUUUGUUUAUCAGAAAAAGGACAAGAAGCGAUCAGGAGUCUACACACAUCACCGCAUCAAAUCCAAACGGUUCGAAUAAGGAUGCAUUUUCUGAAAGGAUACAAGACAUUACUAGUCAGCUGCAAGGCAGGCGAGAGGCUAUCGCAAGGCUUCUCAAGAUACUUGGGUCAGACUCUGGUGGUGCAAGUUCAAAUCACUUUCAAAGUACCAUCUCAGAUCCACGCCGAAGAACAUCAAGUCUUCUUCAAGGGAAAGUGUAUGGAAGAGCUGCAGAGAAGAGAUCCAUAAAGUUGAUAGAAGAACACAAAUCAACUGCCGGUGUAACAGUUCUGCCUAUUGUAGGCAUCGGAGGGGUUGGGAAGACAGCUCUCGUUCAGCUUGUAUACAAUGCUUUAGCAUUGAAAAGUCAAUUUGAUUACAAGAUAUGGAUUUGGGUGUCUGACAACUUUGAUGAAAUGAGAUUCACAAGAGAGAUGUUAGAUUACGUCUCCCAAGAAACACAUGAGGGCCUAUGCAGCUUUCCCAAGCUUCAGGAGGUCUUGAAGGGUCAUUUUAAAUCAAAGCGGGUUCUACUCAUAUUAGAUGAUGUCUGGGAAGACAUGGAUGACAGCCGAUGGAACAAAUUGUUGGCUCCUUUCAUGUCUGAUGGUGCAAAUGGCAAUAUGAUAAUUCUGACAACUAGAAAACCAUCUGUUGCGAAAAAGAGAGGUACAAUUGGACCAAUUAACUUAGAUGGCUUGAAAAAUGAUGAUUUCUGGCUAUUUUUUAAAGCAUGUGCAUUUGGUGAUGAGAAUUACAAUGAGCAAGCAAGUCUAGUUGACUUAGGACAUGAAAUGGCAAAAAAGCUAAAAGGAAACCCAUUAGCAGCACAAACUGCUGGGGCCCUAUUAAAAGAUCAUCUUACUGUGGAUCAUUGGAGUAACAUUCUGAAGACCGAAGAUUGGAAAUCCUUGCAACACACUGGAGGAAUCAUGUCUUCUUUGAGGCUUUCAUAUGAUGAGCUGCCCUACCCUGUGCAACAAUGCUGCUCAUAUUGUUGUAUAUUCCCCUACGAUUAUGAAUUUCUUGCCGAGGAGCUAGUUCGUCUUUGGAUUUCACAGGGAUUUGUGAAGCGUGAUCAUUCAAGUAUGAGUUUGGAGGAGAUUGGACGAUACUAUCUGGCUGACUUGGUGAACCUGGGCUUGUUUGAGCUGGUUGAAAGAAAAAGAUCCUCUCUUAGUAGUCAAAUUCAAACUUGUUAUGCUAUGUGUGGCCUGAUGCAUGAUUUUGCCAAGCUGGUCUCAAGAACCGAGUGUGCAACUUUGGAUGGUUUGCAGUACAAUGAAAUUUUGCCAAAUGUACGCCACCUGUCAUUAGUAACCAGUUUUGUAUAUCAGAGGGAUGCUCUGACUUGGAACAUACCUCGUAGUGAGAAGUUUGAAUUUUUCUUGCAAAAUAUAGUCGCAUCAGUGAGAAAGUUGAGGACAUUGGUGUUAAUUGGGGAGUAUGACUCUUUUUUCUUCAAAACAUUACAAGAUGUAUUUGGAAAAGCACAUAAUCUGCGUCUGCUACAAAUGUCUGGAACAUCUACUGAUUUUGAUUCCUUCAUGUGUAGCUUGGUAAAUCCUACACGUCUUCGGUAUCUAAAACUUCAGGGUGAUGAUACUGAACAGAAGGCUUUGCCUCAUGUUUUGAGCAAGUUUAUCUAUCUUCAAGUGUUGGAUGUUGCUUUUGAUAUCAUUGAUCUAGAGGACUCCAAAGAAUGGAGAAUACUUCCAUCCCUGGAAAUGCUUCGGUUUCUUAAAAGGUUGAGGUUAAGAAACAUGGAGGGAGUAAGAGAAGUAUCGGUUCCAUCAUUGGAGGAGCUGGUUUUAGAUGGAAUGCCAGAUUUACAGAGAUGUUCAUUUACUUCCAUGGUGGGUAUGAAGUCUAGUUUAUGGCUGCUGGAGAUUCAGAGUUGCCCUGCACUUGAGGUGUUUGAUCUGUUUCAGAAACGUCAUAACUCUGAAAUAGAGCAUAAGCCAUGGUUGCCUAGUUUGAGGAAACUCAUUAUGUGUGAUUGUCCUCAUUUGCAAGUACAGAUCCCCCUUCCGCCUUCAUCCACAUUUUCUGAACUAUUAAUGAGUAGAGUUUCAACAAUUAUGGCAGUGGAGGGAUCUUCCAUGGGAAGAUUCAAAAUUGACGGAAACAGACUUAUGAAUGAGAUGAGUUCACUCAGUGACAAAAUUUUGGCAUUCCAUAAUCUUAAGGAUAUCAAAUACUUGGAGAUCUCAUCAUGCAAAAGCCUAACAUAUAUUUCAUUCAAAGGUUUAAGUCAGCUCGUCUCUUUAAAGAGUCUGAAAAUAGUGGACUGCAUUGAACUUUUCUCUUUAGAUGUUGUGCGAUGGCACACCCAUGAAGACAUGAUAACUGCAAAUGAUGCUGCUCUUCCGGCUCUUGAAAGUCUUGAUAUUAGAGGAUGUGGAAUAACGGGGAAGUGGCUAUCUUUGAUGCUGCGACAUUCGCCAAGCCUAAAGGGAUUGAAUUUACAUUACUGCUCAAACCUGAAACAGUUAACGACAGAAGAGAAAGGAAAGAUUCAUUCAAACCUUCUCCCAGCUUUCGAGGCUUCGUCAUCAAGGUAUCUAUAUGAUGCAUCAUUACGAUAUGCAGAUGAGACACGGUCAAGCUCAGUUGUAGACGGACUCGUGCACAUUCCUUUGAAUCUCAGAAUGAUUGCAAUUGUUGGAUGCCCUCAUCUAAUAUUUGAUGGGAGUAGAGAAGGCUUUGCAGGAUUUACCUCCCUUGAGGAAGAUGGCCAAGAGAACGGAAGAUGUCUCCUCCCGCAAUCACUUGAACAAUUUGUUUGGUCCGAGUGUUCCCGAAAAACCCUGCGGCCCUGCUUUGUUGGUAAUCUCACGUGCCUCAAAAAAUUAGUAAUAGGUAGCAGAAGUUUGGAAUGUCUACAGCUGAAUUCCUGUAUGGCGUUGGAAUAUUUGAAAAUUAGAUUUUGCGAACAGUUUGUCGCAUUAGAGGGCAUGCGAUUGCUUCGAACCCUCAAGUCAUUGGUACUAAUUGAUAACUCAAGAUUGCAAUCUCUACAACUGAAUUUCUGCACAUCGCUGGAACGUUUGGAAAUCCGUUGGUGUUAUUCGCUUGUUGCACUAGAGGGCUUGCGAUUCCUCGUGAACCUCAAGCAUUUGGUAAUACUCAAGUCCACUUCCUUUGGCUCCCUUACCACAUUGGAGAGUUACGAUUCAGUUGAGGGAAUUCCAAGUAAUAGCUACGAGUUAUUCCCUGCACUGGAAAGUCUUGAGAUCGAUUACUUGUCUCUCCUCAACACGUCAUUCUGCAAGGGCCUCACCCGCCUCCGAAGCUUGAAGCUUUUUUAUUUGAAGGCAUCGAGACUAAUCGAUGAGCAAGAGAGAGCACUUCUGCUCCUCAGGUCCCUGCAAGAGCUACAAUUUCAGUAUUGUUUUGGUCUGGUAGAUCUUCCUGCGGCGUUGCGCGGCCUCAUUUCCCUCAAGAGAUUGGAGAUAAGUAAUUCUAGGGCCAUCUCAGGGCUUCCGAAGGAUUGCCUUCCUCCUUCACUGGAAGAACUGGUGAUCCAAGAGUACAGCGAUGAGUUGUCAGAAAAAUGCAGAUUGCUAGCAACAAGCAAGCUAGAGGUCAAAAUUGAUGGGCGCUAUGUGGACUGAUUACCGAGUAUCGCUCAUAGACAGUCAUUUUUCGAGAAAACACCAAAAUAGUACAAUCAUAUGCUAUUGGAGGGGUCUCCCAGGCCACCCCUGUCCAGGGUCACCUGUUACAUUUGAAGUGGGGGGAAAUGCUUAAUGUAUUUUUCUUGUGAUAUGGAUAGGUUUGGUUUCACUUCAGGACAUCAUCCUCAACCUCAGGCGGUCAUGAUAAUGGUGUCUUAUCCUCAUAAUCUCAAUAUUUGUUCUCGACCUGUUGGGAUUUCCAAUUAUAUACGCUGCUAAAAGUUUGAUCCAUUUGUAAGCUGCCGUCCCCUCCCACCCAACUUGUCUGUCUAAUGCACCUGUUCUGCUCCAGCCUUUUUCCGUAUCACCAUUCUGAUCUGGCUGCUCGCUGAAUGAAUCCAACGUCUCGCUCUCAGGAACCUCCUGUACAGGUUCCAGUGGGCCAAGAGAAAAACCUGGACUCCGAUACAAGAGGUUGUAGUCUGAAACUAGCAGAUGACACUUUUCUUUACAACUGGAACUGGGAAUUCCUUCAGAAAAUUCGAGCACUCUGUAUUUUCCUAGUCUGGUGGUGAAUCCAAGGUGUGCAGCAAACAGGGGAUGCAUCUUUCCAGCUCUGUGUUGUGCUGAAGUUUUAACAGUGCAGUGACUGAAUGUUAGUUAUUGCCAGGAUUUUGGUUGUAUUAUUCUGAGCAGUUUGAUAUAUUUUUCUCAAGUCUGGCUGUGUGC